AUGGCAUAUGAGGAAGUCUUAUUUUCAGUAGUAUUUACUGGAAAGAAAAAAUACUACAGCAUCCCACAUACAAGUAAGAAGGUCAUGGAAGAAUCUAUGAGGCUGGAUAAUGAUAAUACUCGCAUCUUGCAUCAGAUUGUAGAGGAUGUGCUCAAAGAGAUCAUAAAUGAUAUUUCACAGAUAGAUCUUAAUGGAGUG